UUUGAUCUUGACGCCAGGGCUCCCCCCGGGUUGGACGUGCAGUUGGUGUGUUCCUCUGGAAGCUCCUGGGUGAGCUGAGAGAGCAGGUUGGUACCUGCGGCCGGAGAGAUUUUGGGGGCAGCGUUGCGAGGUGAAUGGCCGUCUGCUGGGCCCCAAACGGCUUCCCUCAGCGCUGGUAGGAGCUCCAGAACAAAUAUGGAGGUGAAAGGUCCCUGCAGCAUCGCCACGUCAGGUGGUGCCCUGCUGGACGCCUCCUCUAAGCAGAGAGCCCACCUGAUCUCCGAGCUGUCAGAGAAGCAGCGAGACCUCCAGGAGUCGCUGAGACAGAAAGUCAAUGAGCUGCGGCGGCUGUGCCUGCAGGAGGCGGAACUGACGGGGCAGGUCCCCCCGGAGUACCCCUUGGAGUAUGGCGAGAGACCCCCAAUUGUGACAAAGAGACAGAGGGCAUUUCGAGUGAGCUCAUCCACUGUAACCAGAGCAGAGGAGGUACAGCUGGAGCGCUUGGAGAGGGACUUCUCUCUGCAGCUGCAGAUGGCAGAGGCGGCCCGGAAGCUGAGUCUGGCAGCUGAGCAGAGUGCGGAGCUGACAUUGGAGCAGCGCAGGAAGCGGCGGCUUGUGUAUCUGGAUGCACUGCGCAGACUGCAGGAAUUAGAGGAGCAGAGUAACAACCUGCGCAGGAAGCUGGGCUUGAGACCCACGCACAGAGUGCCACACAGUCUGCUGGAUGAGGCGUACCAAUCAGAAUGCAGCUCGUUGUCGGAGAGCGCCAGCCACGAUGAUGUUCUGUCGUCCGGAAUGCGUCCGUCUCCCCCGCGACUGUCUGAACAUUCCCGGGCUGUCUCCAGUAGUCCAGAGAGAAGGGUUGGAUGGAAGGCGUCGCCUGUAGAGCUGUACUGUGAGGUCCACAACCGGCGUAACUCCAUGGCCAGUGCAGCAAGUCCCAGUCGGUCGUUUCCUCGGAGUCUGUCCAGUCUAGAGGGCCGGAGUGUCCCCGCUACCCCUAUACUGAGUCGGAACGCCUGCAGCAGUUCUGCCAUAAGGUCAGACGGCUCCGGAUUAUCUCAGAGACAAUGGACUGGUAGUCAGGACUCUCAGGUGGGCUUCCCCAGCGAUCGCCCCAACGUCCAUUCGGCACGGAGUCGGCGCAGUAACAGCUCAGAAGCUUUAAUCGAGAGACCCCCUCCUACAGAGACCCAGGGAAAACCUUCCUUUAAAAGUUCUGAAGCCCUCAGCGAGCGCCCACAGCCUGGCACAGUGCCCUCUCACCACCAGCAACGAGGGGCGAGAUCUCCAGACCCCCGGACACCUAACGCCAAUCCUCGGCUUCCUUACGAAGACAUCCUGCUGGAUUAUUACAUGGAACGGCAGCAGCAGCAGCAGCAGCAGCUCGGGUGGGUGGAACCUGAUGGUCACUGGUGGGUGGAACCUGAGGCUCCGUGGUGGGCAGAUCCUGACGGCAGCAGCAGCCAUUACUCGCGACGGGAUGGCUAUUAUGAUGGGUAUCCAGGAAGUCCAGCAUUACGGAGCCGCGCUGAAACGCAGCAGCGCAGGAAUGUUUCCCGCAACAAGUCGUGUGGCCCCCAUUUGACUGAUACUUCCCAUUUCCAGCAACCUUGGCACACUGACUGCUUCCAACCACGCCCUUCUCCUCAGGUUUCCCAUCCGGGCCCACGUUCUCGGAGCCAACCACGGGCUCCGCCACCCGAGACGAUGGAGAGGCAUGCGCAUAAAGCUUUGGCUCUGGAGGGACUACGGGACUGGUAUCUUCGCAAUUCAGCAGCCCCUGCUGGCGUGCAAAGGGGCCCUAUCCCUCCUCACAUGCAAUAUCAGAGAUACUAUCGCCCCGGGUACCACGAUGGACACUAUCAGGCUGGAUCCCCCCUUCCACACUCCAUCAGUUUCACUGGGGCCCCAAUGCAUGGCAGACACUUUACAGAGUACGUUGACGAAGAAUUGUACAACCAGUCGACCGCGCUGAACCGGACGCAAGGACAGCGGUCGACGGAGGGCACGCCGCCCGGGACUUUAGUCUGACACUGGAACCCCGAUCCUGUAAGGGAUGCACCCGCACGAAGACCGAUCUUCCAAGGGAGAGAAACCCAAAAUCCUCCACCGACGGUUCUGCAGCAAUGAACCAGCGUGAGUGGAGCAGGACGCAGAAGGAUCCAGAGGCUCCGAUGUCCGUCCUUGCCUCUUGUGCAAUAAGUACCCCCUCGAAUUUGCGCAGAGAGAGAUUUGUUUUGCUGCAGGGGGACUGUUCCGUAUUUUUUCGCCAAGUAUGACGUGCCUCCCUGGCGGGGGUUGUAUUAUCUACAGGACUGUUCUAUGUCUCGCUCGGCUAUUACGUGUUCUGUACAGUCGCCGGCGCCCCUAUCCCGCAGUGAAGAACGAUUUCCCUACGGACACUUUAAUGAAGCCGCCGCUUAUCUCGCUAGGAGCCAUGACCUUCAAGAGGAUGUAGCAGAGCUCAGCGGGUGACUACUUGCUGCGACAGCGCUCCCAGACCCUCCCUACUGUAUAUCUGGCUAUUGCUGUCUUCACGCUGAAUCUUAGAAGAAGAGACACUGGAGAGAGAUGACUGGGCGGGCGGAGGUCUCGCCCCGGGAUGGACGGGGGGCCGAGCUGGACUCGCUGCCUCCGAUCAGUUUGGAUCAUCGCAAGAAAAAAUAUAUAUAAAUCGCCGGACGUUGUCAUAUCUUGUGGUUGCUUUUAACUGUUACUAACACUGAGUUGUGACUGGAUAACACUGUGCAAUAUGUACAAAGCGGACAUUUUAUCGGGUCCGUGGGGGCGGGACCUUAAUUUGUUAUUGGUUGGGACGAUUUAACAAUAAAUGAUGAAAUGAA